UCGUCGAUGACGUCAUCGGGUCCGGACGGUAGGAGAGCCGACCUGCGUUUCCUCUGAAGGAGCCUUGAUUGCUGCUCCGAGUUACGGUGUUGGUACCGAGCGCAAGGCGCCUCGCUGGAAUGAGGUAGAACGCAGUGGAGGCCAUCUUGGAGUGAUGAUGUGGCGGGCACUGUUUACCUUUUUGCUAUUGGACAGUGUAUGUACGCAGAAGGGCUCCAGCAAGGAAUCAAAAGGCCAUGUGUCUGUGGUCAUUGUGGGUGGCACGGGCGAUUUGGCCAGGAAGUACCUUUGGCAAAGCUUCUUCCAAUUGUACGCUGAUCAAGUCAGCAGUGGGUAUAGCUUUUCCUUCUAUGGCGGGGGUCUUUCAGAGGCUGCAAAAGGCAAGCCCAAAUUCUUUCAGAUUCUGAAAAGCCUGGCGUGCUCGUCGGAGGUGUCGGAGGAGCGAUGUGCUCUGCUAAAGGAGCAGUUCUUGAAGCUGGCUCAGUACCAGCAGCUGAACACUACAGAAGAUUAUGAAAAUCUAGCAGGAGAUAUCAGACAGCGGCUGGAAAAUGAAGAGCUGGCAGAAGCUGGCCGGCUGUUUUACCUGGCCGUUCCUGCAUCCACGUAUGCUGAUAUCGCUGAGAAGAUCAGCCGCAGCUGUAGACCUGGCCAGGGGCAGUGGCUUCGGGUGGCACUGGAGAAGCCUUUUGGCCAUGACCUGGACAGUGCCGAGCAACUAGCCACGCUGCUGAAAAAGUCACUGCAUGAGGAUGAGAUGUUCCGGAUAGACCACUACCUGGGAAAACAGGUGGUUUCCCAGAUAUUGCCAUUUCGGAAAGACAACAAGAACUUCCUUGACCCCAUCUGGAACAAACAUCACAUAGAGCGAAUGGAGAUAGUUCUGAAAGAAACUCUGGAUGUUAAAGGCAGGGCUCAGUUUUAUGAUCAGUAUGGGGUGAUCCGGGACGUGCUGCAGAACCAUCUGACGGAGAUCCUUCUCCUUCUGACGAUGGGAGUCCCAGCCAAUAUGAGCAACAGCGAUGAGAUUGUCAACAAGAAGCUGCAAGUCUUCAGCUCGUUGAAGGACAUCGACCGGACUAGUGCUGUCAUUGGUCAAUACCAAGCCUACAACUCUGAGGUACAGGAGGAGCUUAACAGGACCAAGGAACACAUCAGCAACACACCGACCUUUGCAGGUGUUGUGGUUCUUGUCAGGAACACUCAGUUUGAUGGAGUUCCUAUCUUCUUGACCUCUGGGAAGAUGCUGGAUGAGCAAGUGGCCUAUGCCCGCAUCCUCUUCAAGAAUGAGGUCUUUAGUGUUCGGAAUUCCAGCAGCCUCCGGUGUAGCCCCAAGCAAAUAGUUUUCCUCCUGAGACAUGGUAUCCUACAGCGCUCGGCCAUUCUCGUCAGCAAGAAUCUCUUCAAGCCUACUGUUUCAGAUGAUGGCUGGAAGGAGGUGACAGGAGAAAGAGAUACUGCCUUGUUUGGCCUGCCCUUGUCAGGUUACUACAUCUACAUGCCCACGUUCCAGAGGGAGGCCUAUGAGUCUGUCGUCUCCCAAAUCUUUCAUGGCAGAAAGGACAGCAUUAUCCGAGUAGAAACCAUGCUGGCUUCCUGGGCUUUUUGGACUCCCUUAUUACACAGCCUAGCACAGCAGGCUCCACGCAUAUAUCCCGGAGGCACUGACACGGAAAAUCUCCUCGACUUCCAGCGGCAAGGCAGGAAGAUUGCUUUCACAAAUGAAGCUGUAAUCUUGAGCUCACGUGACUUUGUUGGGGGGUCAGCCACAGCUGAGAACUUCCAGGUCAUGCGCGGCAAGUAUCGUGACUCGGACAUGGUAUCGGCCUGGCCGGAGGAGCUCAUUGAUCGACUCGCUGCUGACCUGCAGGCAGCAGCCGAAGAGGCCGUAGAGGGUGGUGGAGUUUUCCACCUGGCGCUGUCCGGAGGCUCCAGCCCCGUUGCCCUGUUCCAGCGCUUGGCUGUACAUCACUACUCCUUUCCGUGGCAGCAAACGCACAUAUGGAUGGUGGAUGAACGUUGUGUGCCAUUGUCAGAGCCUGGCUCCAACUUCCAUGCCUUGCACGAGAACCUUCUACAGCAUGUACGGCUGCCCUAUUUCAACAUUCAUCCUAUGCCUGUACACCUCAAUCGACGUCUUUGUGUGGAGGAGGACGGCGGCCCGCUGCUCUACGAGAAUGACAUCUCCCGAUUGGUCAACGGUUCCAGUUUUCACUUUGUUCUAUUGGGUGUAGGUUAUGAUGGACACACAGCUUCACUCUUCCAAAGCACUCAGCUGGACACCCAUGCGUACAAGUUGGUGGUCCUGACGGAGAGUCCGGCGAAACCGCACCAGCGCAUGAGCCUUACUCUAGCUGCCAUCAAUCAAGCUCAGAGGGUUGGUGUGCUGGUGACGGGUAAAAGCAAACAUGAGAUGAUCAUUCAGCUGAGCCGGAUAAAGGAUGAUCCACAGAAGUGGCCCAUAACAGGUGUCAGGCCUACUGGUGGCAAGCUGGUGUGGUAUAUCGACUAUGAUGCUCUUUUAGGCUGAAGGCCUCGGUCACUGGUGCAAUUCCUCUAAAUCUACUGAAACCAAAUAAUUUGAAAAUGUGUAUGUAUAUGUGAUUUCUUUUACGCGUCAAAACCCUUGCACAACUAUCAAGAUUAUUUUUAUUUUGGUAAAGGUAAUGGACAAAUAAUUGAAUAUAUUUUAGGUUCUUGGUGUUGCACUGGUUUUGUGCGUUUCAUCGUGUGUAAUGGUUUGAUUUUCAUGAUAAACUAUUGAACAUUUUUGAAUUGGCAUUCAAACAAGCCUCAGAGUAUUUGAAUAUGCCACAGUGUUUUCAAAACGAUUCUUUUUUUGAUUUUCCCUUUAAAUUCAACAUUUCAGGGAUACUUUUACUCUGUGUUUUAGUUUGAAUACCAGCUUGUGCAUGAUUUGUUUGCCAUGAUAUGGCCAAAAAAAGUCACCAUUUGAAUUUAAAUCGGCAAAUACUUAAGAGCCAGUGACUGAAUCAUUAUUACAGCUCAGCAUCGUUAUACAGCAAUAAAGUGAAGUCAGCUGAGUACCAGAAUCUACUGGAUGGCCAGGUUACACCAUCAUCCAUGGAUUUUUUUUCUUCCCUAAUGGCAUGGACGCAUUCCAGCAUAAUGAUGCCUACGUUCAUCUUGUUUAAACUGUGGAAGAAUGGUUAAGGAGCGCGAGGAAUCAUUUUCACACCUGAUUUAGCCUCUGCAGACUUAACCCCAUUGAAAAUCUUUGGGAUGUGCUGAAGACUUUACGGAGGGUCCAGCUCGCCUGUCAUCAAUACAAGAUCUUGGUCAGAAAUGAAUGCAAAUCUGGAUGGGAAAAAAAAUGUUGCAUAAGCUUGUGGAACCAGUGCCUUGACGGAUGUGCGCCAUGAUGAAGCUAAAGGCGGUCCAGCAAAGAAUUCAAACGGUGACUUUUUUUUUGGCCGGGCGGUGCAUAUUUUCACAUCACAAUGAACAUGUCUUAUGUGUAAUAGAACGCAUGAGUUCAAAUGAAGAAAUGAUUUGUAGCAAUUUUGAAUCUCAGGAAUGUUUGUUCUCUAUUUCAGAGAUAAUUGGUUGCAAACGCCUAUUCAGGGUUUUACAGCAUAGAUUAAUGUAGAUAAUUGUUGGAAAUUGAUGGGCCUUUUUUUACAGCUGCCUAGGAAAAUGGUGCUGAAACUAGUGAUUUUUUUUUUUUUAUGAAUGGAAGUUCCAUUUAAUAACGUGUUACGGUCUUGUCUAUUUCUAUCAGACCACUCUGAUAGAAUGGCUCUGUUUGCUCUUGCGUUCUGAGGAAUCCAAUGCUAAUUAUUGUCUUCUUGUCUGAUCAUUACUGGACAAUGUGGCCAAUCCAUUCUUACAUAAAGAAGAAUUUGCAAUCAUACUUUACCUUUAAUUUUUGUUUUGCCUUUAACAUUCCGGGUGCUAAUUUAUCCAUCUUUCCUCAGUAUUAUUUUACAUUAUCUUUUCCAGAAUUAUAAAGGUUAUUUAAAAAAACAAA